GCAAAACACCCUGUUGCAAAGUUCCAAGGCUGCAUUGCUCUAGCAAGCCGCCUUCUAUUUAUCUUGGUUUGCGAUAAAAGCUUUCAAUUUGGUCAACUCUGAGAACUUUGAGAACCUUGGGAUUCUUGGGACGUUUCGCGCCGUCGCAGACCGAGCGACUGGCAUCAAUCAUGUCGACACAACGACCCGAGUUUAUCAAGUUCACAGGGCACAAGUCCUUCGCCCUGCGCCUCGUGCUUUCGACCCUCACGGGCCGGCCGAUACAUAUCUCGAAGAUCAGAUCCUCGUCGCCCACCAACCCCGGCCUCGCUCCUCACGAGGUCUCGCUGCUCCGACUCCUCGAGGCUGUCACAAAUGGCAGCUCCAUGCAGAUCUCGUACACAGGUACGACAAUAACAUACCAGCCGGGUCUCAUUACUGGUGCAGCCCCAGGCUUCGGCGCAACGGGCGACGGAGAUGUCGUCGAGCAUCAGCUGCCGGCUACAUGCACGCGAGGAGUCACAUACUUCCUCCUCCCGCUGUGUCUGCUUGCACCGUUUUCGAAAGCGCACAUGAACGUCCGUCUCACUGGACCCGGCGUAAUCACCGCGGCGACCGACGCAGGCGAUCUGAGUGUCGACUCUUUCCGGACUGGUUUGCUGCCAAUGUUCGACCUUUUCGGAAUACCAACGGCACGGAUAGAAUUGCGGGUUCUGCAAAGAUCUUGUGCUGGUCCGAGGGGAGUCGGUGGUGCGGGUGUGGUGGAGCUGAGAUUCGCCAGUCAGGUCCGGCUGCCCAAGACAUUACAUCUCAACAGAAGCCCUGGCAGGAUAAAACGCAUACGCGGUGUGGCGUAUGCGACCGGCGUGUCUGCAUCAAAUAACGCUCGCAUGAUUCACUCGGCGCGAGAAGUCCUGAAUCAGCUGGUGUCGGACAUCCACAUCGCUGCCCAGUACGACCAGGCGCCACUCACGCCAACAAAAGACGGAGGCAAGAGGAGAAUGGGCAUCGGCUUUGGCCUGAGCUUGGUUGCAGAAUCGAGCGCCGUGGGUGUCUUGUACACCGCAGACGUGGUUGCGCCCGCGACAGGAGGUGUCGUUCCUGAAGACAUCGGCAAAAAGUGCGCCUACCAACUAUUGGAGACGAUAAGUCGUGGUGGUUGUGUUACGGGCACCGCAGCUCCUAUAGUUUUGUCCCUCAUGGCCAUGGGCUCCGAGGACGUUGGCCGUCUUCGACUUGGCAGAGAGACAAUCGGCACUGAAGAACUCAUUGGAUUGGCGAGAGAUUUGAAGAGCUUUGGAAUGAGCAGCUGGGGGCUCCGGGAUGUGGAUGAGGAUGAUGAGACAGACGACAUUGUCAUCUCAGUCAAGGGCACAGGGGUUGGAAAUGUUGGCCGGAAAAUAGCGUAAUGCUCGAUAAUGAUAUCCCCCUUUCACGAUUUGCAC